AUGGCUACGUCUACUGACAAUGAAGCACGUGUUGCUCUAUUUCAAUCGAUUGGACUGAACGAACAGAAAGCACGUGAAACGUUAAAAAAUCAAGAAGUGACUCGUGCACUCGAAGCAACUAUAAAUGAAGCAAGAAAACUUCUUCCGAAAGAAAACCAAAUAUCGAAAUCAAUCGGUAAUCUUUUGUAUACACUUUCAACAAGAAGCAAACAACAAAUAUAUAAACUACAUGGACAUUUGAUAAAGUAUAUCUGCGAAGAAAAAAUCAAGAAUGAACCACAAUUAUUAGCUGCUAUUGAAUAUCUUCUUUCGAACCCUGUGGAACCAGUGGAUCUGAAAGCGUUAGAAGAAUAUGCUGGAAUAGGUGUGACAGUAACACCGGCAGAGAUCGAACGUGCUGUUGAAAGUGUUAUCGAACAGAAUAAAGCCAAACUUUUGGAACAAAGAUAUAGUUUUCCAAUCGGAACACUUCUUAGUGAAGUUCGAAAACAGCUAAAAUGGGCUGAUGGGAAAGCAGUCAAAACAGAAAUGGAUGUUCAGUUGCUGGAUCUUCUUGGACCCAAUGAUCGAUCGGCGAACAAUGCAGCUGAAAAACCCAAGGUAGCAGCAGCUACUGAAAAGGCUAAACCAACUACAACCACAAAUACGAACAGUGAUGUUCAAGAGAAUGGCCAGGUACGAUCAUUCGCUGAUUUAGUUGGAGCAGCUUUAAAUUUUCAUAAGCCCGGUGAAAAUUAUAAGACGGAAGGUUAUGUGAUGACACCAAAGACAAUGGAACUUAUGAAGGAACAUUUAAAGCAAACCGGUGGACAGGUUGUUACGCGUUUUCCUCCAGAGCCUAAUGGAAUUUUGCAUAUAGGCCAUGCUAAAGCCAUUAAUUUUAAUUUUGGCUAUGCUAAGCUGAAUAAUGGCAUCUGCUAUUUACGAUAUGAUGAUACAAAUCCUGAAAAAGAGGAAGAAAAAUUCUUCACUGGUAUUCUCGAUAUUGUUAAAUGGCUUGGUUAUGAACCGUAUAAAAUCACUCACGCAUCAGACCAAUUCGAUCAGUUAUAUGAAUGGGCUAAGGAAUUGAUCCGUCGUGAUCUUGCUUAUGUCUGCCAUCAGAAGGGUGACGAAUUAAAAGGACAUAAUGUUGCUGAAUCACCGUGGAGAAAUCGACCAAUCGAAGAAUCUUUACAAUUAUUCGAAGAUAUGAAAAACGGCAAAUUUGCCGAAGGUGAAGCAACACUACGCAUGAAAUGUGUUAUGGAAGAUGGUAAACUCGAUCCUGUCGCUUAUCGUAUCAAAUAUGCUCACCAUGCUAAAACAGGUGACAAAUGGUGUAUUUAUCCAACAUAUGAUUAUACUCAUUGUUUGAAUGAUUCAAUUGAAAAUAUAAGCCAUUCGUUAUGUACAAAAGAAUUUCAAGCCAGACGAUCAUCGUAUUAUUGGUUAUGCAAUGCUCUUGAUGUUUAUUGUCCAGUUCAAUGGGAAUAUGGUCGACUCAAUCUUCACUAUACAGUAACAUCAAAACGAAAGAUCGCGAAACUGAUUACCGAAGGAAUUGUCAACGAUUGGGAUGAUCCACGCUUGUACACAUUAACUGCAUUGCGACGACGAGGUUUUCCACCUGAAGCAAUCAAUCUAUUUUGUGCACGUAUUGGUGUUACAAUGUCGCAGACCGUACUUCAUCCGGAUAUGCUUGAUGCGUGUGUACGUGAAGUACUGAAUGUCACCGCACCUCGAAUUAUGGCUAUUAUGGAACCAUUGAAAGUGACCAUUACAAAUUUUCCAAGCACGGGCGUUACAGAAUUAACUGUACCAAACUUUCCAGCAGAUGAAUCUCGAGGAUCUCAUAAGAUCAAAUUCGAUUCAGUUAUUUACAUUGAAAAAUCAGAUUUUACAGAAAACCCUGCGAAAGAUUAUAAACGUUUAGCACCUAAUCAACCCUGUGGAUUACGGCAUGCUAAUUGUGUUCUUACAGUUCAAGAAAUUAUUCGCGAUUCAAACAAUGAGCCAAUCGAAUUGAAAGUAACUUGCGCCAAAGUUACUGACGAAGGCGUGACCAAACCGAAAGGUUAUAUUCAUUGGGUAUCGCACGGAAAUAAAUGUGAAAUCCGUCUUUAUGACCGACUUUUUCUUCAUCAAAAUCCCGAUGAUAAGAAAGAAGUUCCUGGCGGUUUUCUUACGGAUAUUAACUCUAAAUCGUUGACAAUCCACUCCGAUGCUCUCGUGGACGAUGGCAUCAAAAACGCAAAACAUUUCGACAAGUUUCAAUUCGAACGUAUUGGAUUCUUCAGCGUUGAUCCGGACUCAACGAAUGAUCAUUAUGUAAUGAAUCGAACCGUAACACUAAAAGAAGAUAAACGAUCAUCAUAA